CUUGUUUCUUGACAUUGUAGUGAAUUUUAUUGGAUUUUGCUUUUCUUUGUGGUGUAUUUCAGUUGGCAGUUUUAUUUUCCCUUUAUGGAUUUUGGUUGGUCCAGCUGAUGAGUUACUUUAAUUUGGAAGGUUAUUCAAUCAUUAGACUUCAGCCGACAGUAGAUUAAUUUAUUUAUAAUAAUACUCCGUAUGAUAAAAGUUUGAAAACAUCUGCAUUAUUGUGUUAAGAGGGUGGCUUAAUUUAUAUAUAUCUGAGAUAACUUUUCAAGAUUCUCUUAAUUCCCUAUUUUGACACGUAUUGUUAUUGAGAAUUUUACCUACAUGUUCCUCCUUUUUGCAAACUUGGUCAUUUUCUUGUUUUGUUUAUCAUUAGUGAAAAUGGUUUGUCAGUAGUUUUGAUUUUGAGGUACAUAAUCUGCACAUCUUUUACAUUUUGUUGAAAACUGAGGUAUGGUUGGUUGGAUCUUGUUAAAUGUUUCGAUUUUGUUUUAUUGGAUUUGAUGUGAUGAAAAUCUUGGAGUAGCUAGGUGGAUAGAUGAGCAUGAAAAUGAGGUGAUUAAGAUCUUGGGGCGGACUAAAAGCUAAAUUGUAACUUUCCUUCACAUUUUGUGACAUUGUUGUUAACUCAGGUCAAGAAUUUAGAGGCAAAAAUUGAAUUGUGUGAUGGAAUCAUCGUCAUCAUCAUUGUCAUCAAAGAGGGCCAAGGCACCAGGGAAUAUAGCUCAUUGCUUGGUUGAUGGGUGUAAUGCAGACCUCAGUGAAUGCAGAGAGUAUCAUCGCCGGCAUAAAGUUUGUGAGGUGCAUUCAAAGACUGCCAAAGUCACCAUUGCAGGUCGAGACCAACGCUUCUGUCAGCAAUGCAGCAGGUUUCAUUCAUUGGUAGAAUUUGAUGACGGAAAGAGAAGCUGUCGGAAACGUCUUGAUGGACAUAACAGGCGUCGAAGGAAGCCUCAGCCAGAUUCUAUGGCAAAAAAUUCUGGAUUACUUUUUGGCCAACAAGGAUCGAAACUCCUGUCAUUUAGCAGUCAACAAAUAUUUCCAAGUGCAGUUGUGAGCUCUGCAUGGGCUGGCGUUGUCAAAACAGACAGUGAUAUGGUAUUAUACAACAACCAAUCACAUAUGAAUGGUAUGGACAGUCAAAACUCGUUCCCUGAUUCUUCGGGUCAUAGCUAUACAGGAGGAAGCCAAUUCCAGUUCAUGCAAGGCAGUGAUCAUAGUCUGACUGAAUCUUCUUCAAUCUGCCAGCCACUUUUUGAACAUCCCACUUCUGCAGCAGGAAUUUCUGGCAGCGGACAAAAGAUCUUCUCCAGUGGAUUAAAUGAUAUUGUUGAUUCUGAUCGUGCUCUCUCUCUUCUGUCAUCAGCACCCGCUGUAACUAGGGAGAUUGGUUUGAGUCACAUGGUGCAGCAGCCUGCCUCUAUCCCGCGUUCCCAGUCACAGGGCCUGCAGUAUGAUGGUCUAAGCCAUUUCCCUUUUGCUCAAGAUUUCAAUAGCAAACCUCAAGAUUCACAUGUUAGCAACAGCAGCAGCCCUCUCCAUUUCCAUGAUAUGUUGCAAAAUGCACAAGAUGGAUCAUCUACAAGUGGUGGCUCUCAGCAAACACUAGCCUUUAUGUGGGACUAAACUUUUAACAUCAAGGAUAUUCCGUUAAUCUUGAAUCCAUCCAACCAAAUGGUAUUCCAUUUCAGAAUGUUUAGCUUCUAAUUAGAGUCAAAUGUCUGUGUGAUAUAUCACUUAACUUUUCUAUAUUUUCCCUUCAUUAUGACGAUUCUCUCUUCUC